UUUCAAAUCCAUUUUUUGUGACGUUCACAGCUCGAAAAUGGGAAAAAGGCGAGCUCGACGUCUCAAUCAGACUUGCAAGAGACCAAAUCUAGCUCAGGAAAACAUGGAGCCCGCACCUGAAGUGAAAGAUCUCCCCAAAGAGAUGAAUGUGUGCUUGGACGAGGAGCCAACAAACAUAGACGCUGCUGAUGAUGAUCAUGAUAAGACAAGAUUUAAUAAUUUAUUUAAUUCGGUAAAAGAAUUAAAGAAUACGUGUUUGAAAAUCAUAGAAAGCUUGGGGCAAGAAUUGGAAGAUGAACGCAAGAAGAAUGCGGAAUUGGAGAGUAUUAAUAAGCAACUUCGCGAAGACGAUAAGAGACCAACUCCAGCUCAGGAAAACAUGGAGCCCGAACCUGAAGUGGAAGAUCUCCUCAAAGAGAUGAAUGUGUGCUUGGACGAGGAGACAACAAACACAGACGCUGCUGAUGCAACGGAACUCAAUAAGAUGUCAACGAAUGAUAACCUUAAUUCGUUAAAGGAAUUAAACAAUGCGCAUAUCCAAACCAUAGAAAGCUUGGAGCAAAUAUUGAAAGAUGAACGCAAGAAGCAUGCGGAAUUGGAGAAUAUUAAUAAGCAACUUCGCGAAUACAAUAAUCGGGAAACCUGCUCAGUGUGUUAGUCCGAAACGAUCCGCUUUGGGGAUCACACACAUAUUAUGAUCUAAUCUGAAUCAUUUUAUUACUUUCAAUAUGUUUACAAUAAUAAACCGCCGAAUCGAGUUGAGAAUUCAAGCUCAAAUGAGUCGAGGUGUAAAGUCGAA